AUGGCUGCAUCAAAAGCCACCAAUCCAACCGGACGCAAGCCCACGGGUUCCUUGAACUGGACGGGAGCUGUUUUCUGGAGACCGCCUUUCUUUUCUGGUCUGUCUCUCUCUAACUUUCUCUGCCUGCCUGCCUGCCUGCCUGCCUGCCUCGCCCUCAUCUGCCACGGUGGCUUUCCUUCUCUUCCCCAAAACAGAGUCUUGUAG